GACUGUUGGUUUAAAAUUCGCUGCCAACUUUUGUCAUAAAUACAAACGCUCAUUCCUUGCGCGUGCGCGGACGAGCGAGUGCGAUGAGUGGGCGUAGGUAAGAAGCGAUGACGUCUGAUAAGGGGGCAGAGCCUAGCUGUCAAGAGGCAGACUGGCUUUUUCUGAGUUUGUCAGCUUAGAUUCCCCCCUCCUUCCUCUCAACAACCCCCGAAAAUAGCAGUUCAGCGUGUUCAAUGUGAACCGAAAUUACGUUUUGUCCAGGGGAGCCGCCGGUAGAGUGUCUCCAACAACACGACCCGGGACGAAAAAGCCCAAGAGACUUGUACCGAUGUCAGCCUGGGACUGGGCGCUGUCUUAAUCAUCUUAAGAGCAAAGUUGGCAUCGUGGUCAUCUUGGGAAGAUUGUGCCGGGUGACUGCUGAAGAGCAUAUGGUGCGUGGAGACCAGUGAAAGUACGCAUACCAGAAGAAGGACUUGCACAAUGUGCUAGGAGGGUUGUGGACGCGAACAGUGUGUGUGUGUGUGUGUGUGUGCAUGUGUAUGUGGGUGUAUAUGUGUGUUUUUGAUUGUCGAAUAUUGACCGUGAAGAGUCUGAGAGACGGGAAAAAGCACAAGGAGCCAUGGGGCGGAAGAAGAUACAGAUCACCAGGAUAAUGGAUGAAAGGAACAGACAGGUUACUUUCACAAAGAGGAAGUUCGGUUUGAUGAAGAAGGCUUACGAGCUGAGCGUGCUGUGCGACUGUGAGAUAGCCCUCAUCAUUUUCAACAGCUCCAACAAACUGUUUCAGUAUGCCAGCACGGACAUGGACAAAGUGCUGCUCAAGUACACUGAGUACAAUGAGCCCCACGAGAGCAGAACCAACUCUGACAUUGUGGAGAAAUUAAGAAACAAAGGCCAUAAUGACUGUGCUAGCCCCGAUCCCGAAGACUGUUUCGGGCACAGCCCCCUCACCGACGACCAUUUCGGCAAACUAAGCGAAGAGAGCGAUUUAAUGUACAAGCGUUGCGGUGCGCUAAACAAGAAAGAACACAGAGGUUGCGAUAGCCCGGACCCCGAUGCCUCGUAUGUCCUCACUCCUCACACUGAAGAAAAAUAUAAAAAAAUUAAUGAGGAGUUUGAUAAUAUGAUGAGAAAUCAUAAAAUUCCCACAGCGUUGCCUCAGCAGAACUUCUCCAUGCAUGUGGCCGUGCCCGUGUCCAACCCUAACGCCAUGUACCAGCCGGGAGGCGUGACUCUGGGCAGCCAGAGCUUAGCGGCGGCCACGGCCUCCCUCGGUGACAACGGGAUGCUGUCCCCUCCGCAGGCCUCCUUGCAUAGGAAUGUGGGCUCCAGCGGAGGCUCUCAGAGGCCCACCAGCGCAGGGAACGGCUUCGCCAACCCCAGGGGCUCCCCGAGCCUCCUCUGUGCGCCCAGCGGCAAUGGCCUGGGUAAAGUCAUGCCCACCAAGUCGCCGCCGCCGCCCCCCGGAGGGAGCAUGGGAAUGGGAGCCCGCAAGCCAGACCUGAGGGUUGUCAUCCCUCCGUCGAGCAAAGGGAUGAUGCCCCCGCUGAACACCCAAAGGAUAAGCAGCUCCCAGUCAACUCAGCCACUGGCCACUCCAGUGGUAUCUGUUACCACACCCAGCUUACCUCCACAAGGCCUAGUUUACUCAGGCAUGCCCACUUCCUACAACCCUGCUGAGUAUUCCCUGAGCAGUGCAGAGCUCUCCUCCCUGCAGGGUUUCAGUUCCCCCGGGCUCUCACUGGGCUCCAUGUCAGCAUGGCAACAGCAUCAACUGGGCCAAGCGGCACUUAAUUCUUUGGUCAGCGGCGGAGGGCACCUACCUCAAGGCUCCAACCUCUCUAUCAGCACGAGCCAGAGCAUCAACAUUAAGUCGGAACCCAUCUCGCCACCGCGAGAGCGCGUCACCCCCUCCGGCUUUCCACCCCAGCAUCAUCCGCCGCCGCCGCACCCUCAACAGCAGCAGCAGCAGGGCCCCGGCCGGCAACAGGAGGGUCUGGGACGCUCACCCGCCGACAGCCUCAGCUCCUCCUGUAGCUCCUACGACGGCAGCGACCGCGAGGACCACAGGGCGGACUUCCACUCACCCCUCAGCAUGGGCAGAGCGCCGGCGACCGGCGACAGGGAAAGCCCCUCGGUCAAGCGCCUGCGCAUGGACUCCUGGGUGACAUAGAACCGCCGGCAGGUGUGAAGCAGGCAAGCGCAAAGGGUCCUUCUCGCGAAUGAUAUCAUAAUUCAACAAGCCCGGGUUCAGUUUGUCAAUGAAAGCAGGUACUGACUGUCAGGCAGGAACAGAGAGGCGUUCAGAGACAAACACGUUACAAUAGAUUGUUUGUAGCCAUCUGACAAUUAUAUUAUGUAGUUGCUGUUGCGCUGUUGUGCUCGCAAACAAUCAGAGCAGGCUGAGGGCCAUGUUUUUUUUUUUUUUAAGAAUCGUGAUGUAAACACACAUGUCGUUAUGUCAAGUGGCCUCUAAUUUAUUGAUGUUGAGAAUGUGGACUGGAGGGAGAAUAUCAAAUGAAGGAAUCGGUUGCAAAAACAGUGUCAUGUCCAUGUUGCUGUUUAGGGGACAAAUCAUGGGAAACAGACUUUUGAAUUGCUUGAGCAGUAAUCCCCCCACGCCAUUCGCAGAGCGAAGGCACGAUCCCUGAAAAAAGAAAACCUCAAAUUUUUUUGUGAGAGUAACCAUAUUAAUAGUUUAAAAUGUAGAUAUACUACGACUAUGAAACUAUGAUCCAAAACCUUUUCAUGUUACUUCAAGCACAUCUUAAAACAUUACCCUUACAAAGAAAGUGCUUGGAAUGGAUUUGGUUUAAAAAAAAAAUAGAAGUCUACAUGCAUGUGCAUCAAAGACUCUCCGUAAUUGACAUCAACAACCCAGGCUAAAUUCACCUUCCCGGCAUACAACGCUUACUGUUAACAUCAACAUAGUUCAAUGUUACCAAUUCUAAUUUAGACACAGGGCCUCUUCGGAAAGUCAAACGUCAGAACCUUUAAACCUGAAGCUUUGUGAAAAUGCUCAUAGUUCAAGAUGAAAUAGAAAGAUUUUGUAAACUGUGGGCUCAACAAGUAACCACUCCCUAAAGCUGUUCUUGCUUCCUGGCACAGUAGAAGGGGCCGGAAUAAGAAGUUGCUCAUUUGCAUAAAAUAAGACGGCCCAUGCAAACGAAGCUCAAAAAUGAAAAAUAUGAAAGUUUACUGUUAUUCUUGAUCCUUGAGGUGGAAAAAAUACAUACGAUGACUCCUUUAAAGUUAAGAGGAGCAAAUUGGGAGGCCAAGCGAGCAAUGAAGUUCACCUUGCCCAAUCGUCAUCACAAAUCAAAGCUCGUCUUUUGCCUUUCUGUCACACUCAAAUUUGUUGAACGUGUCAAGACAUUUCCAAUUGAAAGCCUUUUUUUCUGUACAAUUGUGUUGAGCCCAAACCUUUGCCUUUGUUGUGUAAGUAGUCACUUUACGAAUGGUUUUCACCAGAGUGUAGUCCAAAAAGGAGAAAAAAAACGUGUAUAUUUUUAUGGAUGAACACCAAAUUUACUGCAGCAUGCAACCUAAAAGGAGAUCACGUGCUGCUCCGAAUUUGACUUCUGGCCUAUGAGAUUUUACAUUGUCAUAAUUGCUUCAACCACACAUUGACUCAUCAUCCAAAGCAGUGUUUACUAAUUUUUCAAUUAAGCCAAGGCACAUAUUUUACUUUACUUAAAUGCCCCGAAAGCUAUAUAAACAGAAGUAAUUAUGACUGUACUUUACAACAACAAGUCAGAUACACAGGUUAAUGGUAUUUUUCUGCCAUCCAGUGGAGGAGAAUUUAAUUGCUCUGCCUGUCACGAGAUGUCUCCAAAGAUUUGUUUUAAUAUUUGGAUUGAUCCAUUCAAGUUAAAUUUCAUAAUUACCCCCCGUGGCUCUAAUGUUACAACAAAUGGUUCCCUUGCCACAGCCUCGACUCGUCACCCCUUCUCCCCUCCCCCCUCUGCACACUCAGCAUCGCCAUCCUAAACAAAUGAGGCACUCUCCAGAGGUGUCGCUGUGCAUUGGCCGUGCGCUUCUCACUUUCCGCUGUUCCGUCAGUCCUCCGUACACCCUCGCACCCCCCACCCCCGCAGUAAUCUAUGCAAUUUUUAAGCUCACACGCCACAUAUGAUCCACAGAUAACAUGAUGUCAAAGCGUAAGGAGAACCCACAGGUAGACUGUUAGCGUCGUCAGUGCCACCGAUGCAUGAAUUGAUUGAUUGAAUUGAAUACACAGUUACACACACGCCCACGUAAUGCUAUAGUGGAACCUCCAAAGGUCAGCACAAGUCAC